CCCAUGGUUACGGCUUCCGUGUCAAAGAGGCGAAUUGACGUCAAUGGCAGUUUUGGAUAGGUUUCGGCCGUUUCCUGUGGAGCUGAGAAAACCUUCGAGAGUUGAAGAGACAUUAAUAACGCACUAAUUUCUAGAUCAGAAGGUGUGAAGAGAGACAGGUCAGCAUGGCAUCCAGCAGUGAAGAGGAGAGGAGUCUGCGUGAGUGCGAGCUCUAUGUGCAGAAGCACAACAUCCAGCAGCUGCUGAAAGACUGCAUCGUGCAGCUGUGCACGGCGCGACCCGAGAGGCCCAUGGCUUUCCUCCGAGAGUACUUUGAGAGACUUGAAAAGGAGGAGGCCAAGCAGUUGAUUAACCAGCAGAAGGCAAGCUCACGUUCAGACUCGCGUGAGGAUGAGGUUUCUCCUCCCAUGAACCCGGUGGUAAAGGGCCGAAGGAGAAGAGGGGCGAUCAGCGCCGAGGUCUACACUGAGGAGGAUGCUGCUUCUUACGUGAGAAAGGUUAUUCCUAAAGACUACAAGACCAUGGCAGCGCUAGCUAAAGCUAUUGAAAAGAACGUGCUUUUCUCACACUUAGAUGACAAUGAAAGAAGUGAUAUAUUUGAUGCCAUGUUCCCUGUCACUUACAUCGCUGGAGAGACUGUUAUUCUGCAGGGUGAUGAAGGUGACAACUUCUACGUCAUCGACCAGGGCGAAAUGGAUGUUUAUGUGAAUAAUGAUUGGGCAACCAGCAUCGGUGAAGGUGGCAGUUUCGGCGAGUUGGCGCUGAUCUAUGGUACUCCCCGCGCUGCUACUGUCCGAGCUAAGACCGACGUCAAACUGUGGGGCAUCGACAGAGACAGCUACAGGAGAAUACUGAUGGGAAGUACCCUGAGAAAGAGGAAGAUGUACGAAGAGUUCCUUAGUAAAGUAUCCAUUCUCGAAUCACUGGAUAAAUGGGAGCGUCUGACGGUGGCCGACGCCCUGGAGCCGGUGCAGUUUGAGGACAGCCAGAAGAUUGUAGUACAGGGAGAACCAGGGGAUGAGUUCUUCAUCAUACUGGAGGGGUGUGCAGCAGUACUGCAGAGACGAUCCGAGAAUGAGGAGUUUGUAGAAGUGGGUCGUUUGGGACCUUCAGACUACUUCGGUGAGAUUGCGUUGUUAAUGAAUCGACCGCGCGCCGCCACUGUAGUGGCCCGAGGCCCUCUGAAAUGCGUCAAGCUGGACCGGCCACGUUUCGAACGAGUGCUCGGCCCCUGCUCGGACAUCCUGAAACGCAACAUCCAGCAGUACAACAGCUUUGUGUCGCUGUCUGUCUGAACACGUACAGAGCUCUUUCCUAGCAGGGUUCCACUCAUGCAGUUGGCUUUCCUUUCCUUUUUACUCUUCUUUUAUUGCUCACCAGUAGAAUCGUACUUCAUCUGCACUUGAACGUUGCACUUGCUAUAAACAGCGAAAUGGCAUGCGUUCUUACUCAGCAUUGACCUACCAGUGAGCAGACAAUCAAAACUUACUGAAGAUAAAAUCCAGAGCCUUUACUGGGCGCCAUUUUUACGUUGAACUAUUUAAAGACAAAUGGAGGGGUGAGAUUAUAUUUUUAAAAACGUCUGUUCAAAAGACAGGUUUUCUUUUUAGCUUGCUUUGCUGUAGUCGAAGUAAUUUUCUAAGAAUAGUUUUGUAAGAUACUAACUGAAUUAGCCGGUAUAUAAAACUACUUACCCCGUCACAUCCAUACCCAGAACUGUAAGCAUGCUUUAUAAAGCUUUGUGUGUUUUUCCCCCCACUGAAGUAACCAUCACUUGAAGAUAUAAACAUCAGUAAGAUGCCCUUUGUAUGUAGCAGCCACCUGACGUGAAGGAAGUGUAUAAAUACCUAUAUGCUCACUGUCCACUUUAAUAGGAACACCUAUACUCCUGCUCUUUUAUUCAGCUUUUCUAUCGUUCAGUCAUGUGACAGCAGCACAAUGCAUAAAAUCUUCAGUUAAUGUUCACAUCAAACAUUCAGAAUGUGUGACCCCUGUGAUUUUACACAAAAUGGUGCAAAUAAAACAAAAAUCAUCCAAAAGCUUCUGAGCAGAAAGGAAUUGUACAGUGACUCCCAUAAUGGUGAGCAGAAAGGCACCUCCGCAUGAACAGAACAUUGAGUGAUUAUAAAGCAGCUCGAAUCUAUCCAUAUCCCUCUGAGCUCUCUUAUCAACGUUGUGUUUCCACCCACAGACCCGUCCCUCACGCAAUGUUUUUUUAUAUUUUUUCCACAUUCUGUAUAAACUUUAGAGUUUAUUGUGUGUGAAAAUCCCAGGAUAUCAGCAGUUUCUGAAAUACUCAAACCAGCCCAUCUGGCACCAACGACCAUGCAACGGUUGAAGCUACAGGUCCAAUUUCUCCCUAAUCUAAUGUUUGAUGUGAAUAUUCAUUAAAUGAAGAUCUACAUCUACGUGAUUUUAGUCAGUGUGCUACUACAUGGCUGAAUAGAUAACUGCUUGAAUGUGCAGGCUUACUUGUGUUCCUAUUAAUGUGGACAGACUGUGUUUGUGUGUCUGUCUUUUUUUUUUUUAAAGCUACUAAGUUGCAUGUUAUAGAAUUUCUAAUCAUUAUUCCACUGAUCUCGUGUUCAUCACCAUCUCUAAUUCACCUGCACCAAGGCUUUAUUUAAAUGAAAGUCAUUGCUUCACCGGGGUUCAAGAGCCAGUGCCAAAAUGCAGGUCACAACAAGUCUUAAAAAAAAAUUCAGUCCUAAUACCAGCCAAGAAAAUUUCCAGUUAUCUUGUUAGCAAUUAGGCAAAUGAACAAGAUUUUGAAUAGACUGUAAAUCUCCAGUAUUAGCAAUGUUCUUUCUAAUUUCUCUGUAUCUUGGUUUUCAUGUUCUCUUUGCUUUGUGCCAUAUAAAUUAAUGUUUGCUUGCUUUCUAUCCUAAACCUCAUGCAAGUGUUUUGUGCAAAAAAUGGUUUUUGUGGUUCUGUGUUUGCAAUGUAGAGAUAAGUAGCGCAACAAUAGCUGAGAAAUGAUACAAGGGCGAGUCAAAUGAAAAGAGGAAUUGAAAAAUUCAACAAUGAAUUAAAAUCGAAGCAAAUUUGUGUUCGACAAACAGUGGGACGCCUGCAAAAAUAGAGAUUGUGUGGAAAAACGAUACGUUUAUAUGACAGCUAUUUGUAAUAAACAAAAAAUCUUUAAACAAGUUCCAUUUCUUUUGGUUCGCCUUUGUAUUGGCAGGAUACAAAGUGCAUUAACAGAAAGUUCAGGUCAGUGCCCCCUGUUAACACUGUUACAAUUUAUUCCUUCACAUUUAUAUAUUUAUUAAAUAGUAUUUUAUUCCCUAUGGUACCCAGAGUUUCUUUGUAUGUAUGAAAACGUAUAUGAAUCUGUUAGCUUUUGCUUGGCUUUUAUUACUACAGACUCUCGCAAACCCAAACCUUGAGCUGGUAUACUGACACUGCAGUCAUUAGAACUGCAGAUACCAUAAACGGUGGACCAUAUGCUCUUUUUUCUUUUAUUUUACAUUUCAGUUUUUGCUUUGAUUUCCAGUGUGUUCUCGACAGAAUGAUAUAUAUUUUUUUGGUAUAGCUUGUCACAAUGGCAGUUGAAGCAAUAAAACGUUGCUGAGA